GUGUGUUGAAAAUACACUUCCAAUCUGCUUUCAAACCUGCCUUGGAUCUGUAAGUCGUAACAUUAUUAAUAAAUCAAGUAACAGUUUGGGGCUUUUACCUUUAAAAUCAUGUGUAUUGACAGUAACAGGACACAAGAAAUGACACCAAGUAUGAAUGGAUAAUGUCAUCUUAUUCUCUGAAGAUAUGAUGGAGACAAAUUUGUCAAAACUGUCGACGCUAACUUCGUUGUCUCUGAGAUGUUUGGUCGUACGGACUACUCUUAUAAUACAACCAUGCGGCAGGUUGGUUGCCUUCGCGAGGCGCAGACCAGGGAUAAAAUGCUGAAUCUGUCCCUACAACAGACAUGGGGCCCAGGGACCUACAAGACUUGUUUUAAAUUAGAGUCUGGUGUGGCACGGAAUCUCCACAAGCCAUACGAGAUCAUGAACCGGAGCUCGAGCAACCACAUGACCUUCUCUCAGGAAGACAGCGCUGUUUAUGUUUUCACCGUCAGGAUUUUGGACCCAAAUUAUAGCUUCUGCGAUCUGACAACCAUCUUCGCUGUCCAGACAUAUGGAAUCUCUAAACCGUAAGAGACAGCUGACCAGUAAUGAUUCAGCCACAGUCCUGACAUUCAGUGAUUUACCUUUUGACUG